AUGCAAUUAAUUGGGUUACAUUUUUUUAAUACGUUAAAAUCAGUAUAAUUAAUAAAUCAAAAUUAUUGCUUUAAUGUGUUCAUCUGACAGAUUAUGACUUCUUCACGGGCAUAAAAGGGCUCCAUCGUCUCGUUGAUUUUCUUCAAGACAACAUUCAAACAUCCUACAUUUAAACGGGAAUUUUUGUUUGUUUGUUUGUUUUAAUAAAAUGUAAAUCUUGUCAUAAUCAAUUUUAGUGAGAGACAACAAGAUAAUGCUCAUGUAUUCAUUUUCUAGCUCUCGCAAUUAAACAAUUCCAUACAUAGACAUUAUCGGAAAAAAAAAUAUUACUAUCCGGUUCAUUUAAAAGAUCCUGCACGCUGGCGCGGCUCAGUCAACAGAGUCCCUCCUGAGAGCCACGCCCACCAACUGACGCCGAACAACAACACAAUGCACACCCCUCUCUGAGAUGCUCCGUGGCUGCUUCCACGCACAAACUACCACUCUGUCAGCCUGUUGGAGCUGGACCCCGGACAUCAUGGAGGUUUUCAUGCCUGUUUAAAGUCACAAUCAUCUGAAGCAGAUGUGAUGCGAGUUUAGCGCUGAGCUCGCCAUUUAUCCGUCCAUCCAUCAGCCGAACCAUGGCUCCGUCCCUCCUCCGAGCCUGCCGCAGUCUGGCUGUGUGGACCUGGCUGCUGUCCUUCUGCUUCGUCCAGCUGCUCUGCCUGGACUUCACGGCCGCAGAGAAGGAGGAGUGGUACACGGCCUUCGUCAACAUCACCUACCUGGACCCCGUUUCCUCCGAGGUCCGGACGGAGAAGACCGAGUGCGGCCGGUACGGAGAGCACUCGCCCAAGAGAGAAGCCAGAGGUCGGGUUCUGAUCCCCGGCCUCCCGCAGGACAGACAGGGCUGCGACCCGAACGUCCGCUUUCCCCCGGUUUCCCAGAACACGGCUUGGGUGGCGCUGGUGGCUGAGGGAAACUGCACAUUCAGGGAGAAAAUCCGCAACGCCGCAAACAGCAACGCGUCUGCGGUUGUUAUAUACAACAGUGCCAACGACACCAUCACGAUGCCCCACUCAGAUACAGGCGACAUUGUGGCUAUUAUGAUCCCUGAACCUAAAGGUCGGGAGAUUGUGAAUUUGCUGGAGCAGCGCUUUGUGGUGGUGAUGCACAUCAGUGUGGGAACCCGCAACCUGCAGAAAUAUGUGAGCAGAACGUCUGUGGUGUUUGUCUCCAUCUCCUUCAUCGUCCUCAUGAUCAUCUCACUCGCCUGGCUCGUGUUCUACUACAUCCAGAGGUUCCGCUACGCUAACGCACGAGACCGCAACCAGAGGCGUUUGGGAGAUGCUGCUAAAAAGGCCAUCAGUAAGCUUCAAGUGCGCACUUUAAAGAAAGGAGACAAGGAAAUUGAGCCAGACUUUGACAACUGUGCAGUUUGCAUUGAAUGCUACAAACCUAAUGAUGUUGUGAGGAUAUUACCCUGCAGACACGUCUUUCAUAAACACUGUGUAGAUCCGUGGCUGCAAGACCACAGAACGUGUCCGAUGUGCAAAAUAAACAUCCUGAAAGCUCUGGGAAUUCCUUUCAGUGCCGACUGCACCAACGAGACUCCCCCAGAUUACGAGACAAGUGUCGGGGGUCCUCCGACCAAUCCCAUCAGCGCUGCCAGUGAAAUCACAGUCAACGAGAGUUCAGUGGUGCUGGAUCCUGUGGGAAGGGUGAUAGAUCUGCAUCAACUCCAUCAUUACCAAGAAACGACGUCGCAGGCAGGACAGAGCCACAUUAUUGCAAGCUGUGAGAACCAGCCUCCGAUGAGCAGCGAUUCAGACACGUCUGCUAUCCUGAGUGUUGAUGCCAGCGUGUCAGAAGCAGACUUUCCUUUGGAGCAGGAGCGCGAUGACGCAAAGUCCAGGGACAAUACAUGUUGAGGAGAUAUUUUUCAGAAAAGAUGCACAAAAGCUAAACAUGAGGGAUUGAGAGAUUAUUCACGUCUGGUCGUAAAGAAGAUCCAAAAACACUCGGUUCUGUUUCACUGACUAUAAACAGAUUUGUCAUGUUGCUUGUUGUGCUUCAUGGAGACCAGACCUUGAGGAAUAUCUCUCACAUUGUAAAACCUCAGAGCGGUUUCACAAACUUCAAAGAAACUGUGACGAUGAUGAUGGAGACUGGACACAACAUGGGCUCCAUAAUGCAUGUGUGCAGCUUCAGUCAGCAUGACAUCACUGCCAAAAACGUACAGUGCACACUUAGCACUGUGCAAAAGUGUUGAGUCGUCCCUCCUGAUUUCCUUCCAGCUCUAUGAUCUGGAUCUGCAGUUCUCCAGAGUUUCUGACUUCUCUUUUCUCUUUGAUUGAAUUUUUUCUAUUCCUUAAUGACAUACCGUUCACAUACUGUUCAUGUGCUGUAGAUGUGUUUUAUUUGCCUUUUUUCCCCUCAUUUCUGAGCACAUAAAAUAUUUAGUAAGACCUUUAGAAACUCUGAAGAAAAACUGAUCUGAACCACAUUUAAAGGCUGCAAGAACUGGAAAGAACGAAAUCAGCAGUGACUGAAGGCUUUUGCACAGUUCUGUAGCUCAUAUACCAGCAGUUUUCAGUCCAAAACAGCUGCUAUUAAUUCCCUCACCAAAUUUGUUAAUACAUCACCUGAAAACUUGACAAUUUCUUAAAAGGUUCCAAACAAAAAGUUAGAAAAUUCAAGCACACGUUCUUCUGAUUUUAUAAAAGUAAAUGUUUUUCUUUUUUUAACUUUCUGUAAAUGCCUCUUUAACCAAGCACAACCAGAUCUUUGUGUCAGCCUUUAGAUUUUUGAAGUGAUGUCCUGGUUGCCCUUCUGAAACUGCUGCUGAUUAUUCCAUAACCAGAAGUUAAUAAUCCCACAGAGUCGUGACAGCUAGCAGAUCAACAUCACUGUUUAAUUGUUGCUGCGUUUUUGCAUUGUUUACGUUUUUAAAUGAAAGCACAGGUUUAUGGGGCAGGUAGAGCUCAAAAUGUCCCUGUUUCCAGCACUUCAACAACAACAAAAGGGACCUAUAAUAAUCAUCAAAAUAUCUUCAGAGUCGUUGUAGACGGGGAUGCUGUGGGCAAGAAGUUCUCUGAUAGCUGUCAGUUUUCCAACAAAUCCGUAACGGCCUCUGACUGAAGACUGUUGAUGUAUGACAGUCUUAUGACUGACAUGAUACACUAAUAACUCAAUAUCUGGGCAACUGAGACGAUUCUCCACAGAAAUGUCCUGGAUGACAUCAUCCGUUAUUAAGUACUGCUAAUCCACCUCACUUGCUUUUACUCUUUAAAUCUGAAAUUUCUGGUUGUUAAAAAGUACUGGUCCUAAAUCUUUCUCUGCAGUAAAAACUUUUUACAUUUUACCUUGGAGGAUCAAGCAACACAAAGGCACACUCUGCUGCUUUUAGAGACACAAAUUCCUCUCAGAAACUGAAAGAGACCAAAAACAUAUCUGAAAGAGGAUAUUUUUUAGGUUUUAUUUGUUUCAGCAGAUCUAAACUGUGUGACAGUAUAAUUAUGCCAGCUCCAAUUUUAUAAUUAUUUACUUUACAAUAUAAAAAACUAGGUUCAAGUUAGAUUUUAGUUAGACAUUUUGUUUAAUUUAAUGUUUCGGCUCUCCAAGCCAGCAGUUUGGAGAGCCGAAAGGUUCCAAACAAAAAGUUAGAAAAUUCAAGCACACGUUCUUCUGAUUUUAUAAAAGUAAAUGUUUUUCUUUUUUUAACUUUCUGUAAAUGCCUCUUUAACCAAGCACAACCAGAUCUUUGUGUCAGCCUUUAGACACAAAGAUAAAGGCUGAUAAGUUUGAUCCAUGAAGAAUAUGGAUCAAACUCCAUAUUCUUCAUGGAGUUUGAUCAGAAGUUCUUGUUUCUAGCAGCUCAGACUUUUUUCUUUGUUUCUGCAGAGUCUUGCAGGUUCUGUUGUAACAGCUGUUUGGGUCCAUAGGUUCAUGUUAUUUCACGUUUCCCUGUUUCAGAAACCUUUGCCCCCAUUGAAAAAACCCUUGUUGUUUCUAGAGGAGAUUUACUUUUGGCUUUUUAACAGCUGAUAAUUCAGGAAUCGAAAUGUUCUGCUUGGAAAACUUUUCUAACUUUCUGCCUGAGAAACUGAAAAUCUUUCUUUUAUUGGUACACCAGCACAUGUACAUGUAGCAGACAGUUUCAUGAUCAAAAGAGAUCAUAAAUGUCUGAGUAUCAGCUAAACUAAAACGUUUUGUUUCAUAAACCAGCCAAAUAUGCCAAGUUUCUCACUAAAAUCCUUUUCCUUAUCCUUUAAGGGAAUGUGUACCAGCUAUCCUAGUGAAUGAAUCAAUGCUUUUGUGUUUUUUAAAGAAACAAGUUCAUGAGCUAAGUUUGGUGAAAAUAAUUUAUGUUAUUAGAUUUUCUCAAACUGCAAACGUGGAACAAACGACCAGAAGAGUGAUGGUGUGUCAUCUGUAAGAGGAAGAACUUUACGUAUCAGCUUGAUUGGUAUAAAUCAUUUAACCUGUUGCUACCACCCUCCACAUUUAUUCUCAUUCUUGGAAACAUUGUGGUUUGUGCAGUUCCAGUUAAACUAAUCUUUUCCGUUACUGUUUAGGCAAUGAGUGUAGACAAGCUUAGGCAAGCCAUUUCCAGAUGGACAAGGUUUACGUCACUUAAACUGCAUGAUCUGAUCACUUUGUAAUAUUUAAGAUUGGUUAUUUCCUCACUAAAUAAAUUAUCUUAAAUUAAGGGUUGGAUACUUAUGAAAGUGGAAUAAACUUACUGCAAGUAGAUAUUAAUUUAGCUUAAGCCUUUCUUCUACUGAGGGAGGGUAAAGUGUGAUUAAUGCUGAGUAGCAACAAUAAAACCUCAAAAUGCAAAGGUCAAACUCUAUAGAAAAGUUUCAGGUCAGGGGUCGGCACCUUUAAAAUUCAACAAAUGAUUUUUGCACUUUUUCCUCCUUUAUACAAUUUAUUUUGAGCUGCAAAACUACAAGAACUUUCAAAAAUGAUAAGAAAGGUUCUGUAAUCUUUUUAUGAGUUUUCAAAUGAAAAUAAGAUCCAUGAAAGCAUUUUUGUUUUUGAAUUUUAUAUUUUAAUAGAAGUUAAAAAAGGUUUUUGUAAUCUUAGGGAUAUUAAAAUAUCAUUACUGCAGUUUGGUUCUUAAAUGGGCAGUAAUUUGUAAAAUUGACUUUUUUGAGCUUUACAUUAUGUUAUAAUGUUAUUUCCUCAUCAAAAACAAACCUGGAGUGCUGCCUUGAUUUUUUUCAUGCAUGUUUAAGAAAUCCUAUAAUCUCCAUGGCAACCAUUCAGCUUGGUGGACUUAGCUUUUCCACCUAGAGGGUGCAGUUUCCAAACUUUCAAGCUUUAAUCUCAUAGAGCAGCCCUCCCCACUCAGCUCCUUCAGACUAGCCAGCAGCAAUUAGCAAACACCUGAGCAUUUGAUGAGUCAAUUUUACAAGAUACUUCUCAGAGCAACGCUGGUAAAUAUGUUGCUAAAGGUUAAUAGAGGAGCCAUGUUGUGAUGACUUCCUGAAGGCAGAGAGCAGGAGUUUUUAAAGAGACAGGGAUCCAAUUUCAAUUUAUAAAGUCUAAUUUCCUUUAAGUCAUAUUAAAUAUGUAUAGCAUUUUUAUAACAACUAAAGGUAACAGUUACUUAAUUGUGCAACAAAAUGGCAUUAUGUCCAUAAAAAUUCAUAAUACUGCCCCUUUAAAUUACAUAAAAACAGAGUAACUGCUGAAACAAGUGUUUUUAUGCAUAUUUAUUAAUUCCACAUUCAUGUAAAUGUGGGGGUGCUAACAGCAGCAAUUCGAUCAUUGCAGUAAAAGAUUCAAAGAGGCUCAUUUAAGUCCAGCAAAACUAGAUUUGCUGAGCAGAAAAUGGCGUCUGUUACUGUUUACAGGGUUUUGACCGACUGUCAGGCAUCCUGGGAACAGCCUGACAACAAUUAAACUGUUUGUCUACAGAUUUGCGUGAUUAACUGUUAACAUAAAGGAAUGUAUAGAUAUUAAUUUAAAAAAAAAAACAACAAAAAAAACUCUCCAAAUACUAGAAGCUAUUUACAUUUGUCAUUUCAAGGAAUUGUUAGAAAAUGAUUUUAAAAUUUUGCUUCAUUUGUAGAUCUGUAAACUUCAGCCUUAAAUCAUUGUUUUAUUUAGAUCACAGGCAGCCAUUCUUGGUUGGAUAUUUUGUUAAAACUUUCUGUACACUGUUUUUUUUAUGUGGUUUGUAUGGCACACUGCCCAGGGCAGCACAUAAUUGGGGACACCUAAGCACUUGACUUUUGUUUUUGUUUGUUUGUUUUCUGCCAGUUGUGCCCCAAACAGGUUUCAUUUUGCUUCCACACAUGUCCCUUCAAUACAAGGUAAUCAUUGUAGGAAAAUACAUCUCAAACAUUUGCAGCCUGUGUUUUUUCCACUGUCUUUUUAAUGAAUUGUGGCUGUAUUUGAUCAUCUAUGGCUCAUAAAUGGAAUUUAUGAAACCUUUAUUCUG